AUGUCGUUCAAAGAGGACCUGCAGUGCACCAGCGCAGAAAUGGUCUACGGGACAACGCUUGCCCUCCCUGCAGAUUUCCUUGUCACAGCCAGCAACUUCGAACCCGGGACCUUCGGCAAACAACUCUGCGAACGAAUGGCCCAGGUACGCAGCCGACCGACGAGACCCACUCGACAACAGUACAUAUACAUGCCUCCAGGACUCCAGGAUUGCUCUCACGUCUUCAUGAGAAAACAUCCCAGACCUCGUCUCUGUCCUCCAUACAAGGGUCCAUUCUCGGUCAUCAGAAGAGGCGAUAAGACGAUCACCAUCCGCCACCCAAAGGGAGAAGACACCAUGACCAUCGACCGCGCCAACACGCACACCUGCAGCAGCCCUUCAGGAUCGCCAAAGUCCGUUUCGCGACCGCGAAAUUAG